GUGUGCGAGUACUCGUAAAAAUAUUGACGGAAAGAAAAUUAAAAUCUUAAUGAAAGUGUGAAGGUUCUUCUGGUUCAUAAGAUAGAAUUAUCAAAGUUUUCCGCAGAGAUUGAAUAUACUUACAUAUGGCGCGUGUUCCCCAUUUGGGAUUUUAGAAUACAGAAUUUGUUGGGAGAUUUAGUAAACCCCGGUCUUGGGCAAAAAAUCGAUUAAAGUUGAAGUAAACUCAAGCGAUUCGCAAUUCAAGAGAUUACGAAUGCUGCAUACGCAUUCAAGCAGUAGUGGAAUUAGUACAAAAACGUCUACAAAAUAGGCAAAUCGGUGUUUAAAAAUAGAUGCGCUGCCGUUCGCAAUACAGAGCAUCACACUACACAGCACAGCACAGCAGCGCACACUCACGCAGCAUAUUGAGACAAGCGGCUAGAGGAUCGAAGACGGAACACAAAGAAGAGGAAGACUUCUAGAAGGAAGACACAAAACAUAAAAGCAGAAGAAGCACAAGAAACAGGGUAGCGUACUCUUAUAGCGUUAGGUGAAUAUUUAGAGCGUCUCUGACGCCGCGCAUGUCCGCGUCAUUGUCGCUUUCUUUGCCAUUAGCCAGAGCAGCAGCAUCGCCGCCAACGACGUCUGACGUUUUACGCUUCGCCUUCCACUUUUGGUGGCUAUAUAUUGUUCGGAUCUACACUAGCGUCGUCGUGGUUGUCGUUGUCGUCACUACGUCGACGGGAAGAUAUGAAGCAAGCGCCGCGCAACCAAAGGGGAAACUCAAACUGGCAACAACACAGCGGCAAUCCCUGGUAUACUGUGGGAAUCGUGUCAAUACCGUAAAAUUUCGCAACAUUUCGCUAUUUAUUCCGCAAUCAAGCGUUUGUGAGUUUUUCCGUGUUGCGCGACGCGUUGCCAUAACUGAGAGUUUAGAGUCUGUGCAGAGUGUGUGUAGAUGAGACGUAUCUAAUUUUGUAAAUAUUUUGUGGCUUUAUAUCUAUGCACAAAAAAGGAAAUAAUAAUUGAAAAAAAAAACGCAAAGAAAAAAGUGCUUAUACGCGGCAUUCCGCUAGAGUCAAUUUCCUAUCGCAGUGUCCACGCAGCGGGCAAAUAUGCAAUCAUCGCCCCCAAACGUCACUACAAAACCUGUAACCGCCUCUAUUACGACCACAACCAAACCGACAAUAACGACGCACCAAGUAAAUACCAAAACCUUCGUUGGCACUCAUAUAUACCAGCCUACUUCGCAACAGCAGCAACAACAAGCAACAGUUUGUGGUAGCAUUGGAUCCAGCAAAUCUAACGUCGUGCCGGACGAUCCCACACGCGAGAUCGAAGAGAUUUCAAAAAAGAUUUCCGAGCACGCAGACGCGCUCUACCAUACGUGGAAGAGUCGUGGCUUAGCACCUACCGAAUUACUUAGUUUUUACACGCAUGCAGCGGCCGCAGCGGACAGUCCAAGUGACACAGGUGAUCUUUUUGCGGUCGCUGACGACCAAACAGCCGAGGGACUGCAAAAACUGGUCAACACAUUUGUACUGAAGGACAAGGAACAGCGUGCAGGUAAAACAGGCACCGGUACUAGUGGCAACGUGGACAGACUAAGUAGUGGAAUUGUGGGUGCAGGUGUGCUGGGCGUAGGGGGAGUUGGUGGAAUUGUUGGACCGGUCGCUGCUGGCAGUAGUGCGCUCUUAAAUACUGUUGAGCCCCACACAGACGGCAACAUGGUGGGCAAAUUGAAGCAACCAGCAACAGCAACAAAUAAAAGAGGCGUUGCAUCACAGAAAACGCCCACAUCGACGUCGGCGAUAUUAAUGAAAACAGUCGAUGCGCCAGGGGUCGAUGUUGUGGAUACUCUGAAAAAGAAGACUACAAAAUCGAAUGGCAAAGUAGUUGGCGCCGCUUCUUCCGGCGCAGCGACAGUUACGAAGUCUUCUCUUGGGCAUAAGAAUGAAAAACAACAGCAUUCAGCUAUAAGCUCUAGCGGUACCACGUCAGUUAAGUCACGCGGUUCGAGUUCUGUCACUAAUGCAACACCCAGCACUACUACAAUUGGACGCAGUAAGGGCCAUGUAUCGAACUCCGCGCCGUUGGAUAUAAAUUUAACGGUGGACUUAGAUCUGGAUCUUUCUGAUUUGUCUGAGUUGCAGACGCACAACCUGCGUAAAAUAAAAGAACUGUUGCAGGAAAAUGUACCGACAACAGCGACACCAAACAAAGCGGCAGCGAGUACCAGCGGUACCAAGCAGUCGAAAAAUGCGAGCACUACUAACACACCAUCGACGUCGAGUGCUAAUGCAACGGCAAAUCACUAUUCACGCCGCAGCGAACCGAUAGCCAAGAGCAACAUUAUUGGCGGGAAGAGUGGGUCGACUGUUGACACGAACGACGGAGGAAGUGUCAAUAAAGCGGAUAUCACAAGUGGUGUUGGCGGUGGCAGCGGAGGCGGCGUUGAAGGCGGUAUUGUUGUUGUAGAAAGUGGCAACAUUGAUAAAAAUAGUAGUGUCGGCAGUGCGGGUGGCGGCAGUAAAAGCGGCGCGGGACUCACAUCGGUGACAAGCGCCAAGCGGAGUGCGGCAACAGCAAAACUGAACAAUUUGAAAUCGACGCCACCUGAUAAUCAAUCGAAUCAAAGUGCCAUUAGUGUCAGUGGCUAUAAGCAGUCGGGCAAAGAAAGCGGCGAAAAAAGUGCAAGUACACCGACGAUAACGACUUCGAGCAGGAGGGCAGCAACUGUUGGUAGCAGUGGCAGCAAAUCAAUCAAAGCGCCUAUCAUUAAGGAGGAUAAAAACGAUAGCAACAACAACAAUACCAAUAAUCAUCCAAACCCUUUGAGUAGUGGUGCCGGUGGUGGUGGCAGCAACAACAAUAACAUUCGAAGUGGCAGUAAGCCAAGUUCAAAAAAGGAUACCAAAACGGCUAACAGCAACGGAACAGUAGCAGGAGCUGUAGGCUCAACAACAACUGCUGGAGCCACAGGUGAAAACGGUAUGGCAGCCAUGCCUGCAGCGGAAAGCGGAGCAACAACAACAACCCCCUCAACACCUUCGAAAUUUGCCAAAACCGGGCGUACGCUGACCAAUGGACAGGAUAAAUAUGUGGGUAGACCGAUUUUAACGCGUGGCUCGGUUGCAGAGCGUGUGCUUAUGUUCGAGAAGUGUCCAGAUGUACGAAACUCAUUUUUGAAUAUCAAACGACCCGAUCCAGCGGAUGCGCCACCAAAAAGUCUGCUCAAGGUUAAAUUACAUUCAACUCCUCCACCACCACCCGAACAUAACUUGAUACAACGUGAAAUUCGCAACACCAAAUCAGCUUACAUACCUAGAUUCUACUUCCCGCAUGGCAAACCACAGCCACAAAUCGCAUUGGAGCGCACCCUGCGUGGCAUUUUGGCCGCAUUCGAUUCGUUCCCGAAUAACCAGGUGACCAAGGACGAGCUACCGCGCAUUUUGAAAAUUUGUGGUCUGCCUUUCUAUUGGCGUAUGCCAGUAAUGGUCUUCUGUCAACAUAGUAAUUCAGGAUUGGUUGAACGACAAAGAUUCGUGGAAUUCUGGAAACAAAUGAACGUUUAUUGCCAUGAUGCCUCCUCACGAUUUGUCUACAUUCUAUCACGUGGCCAACGUUUUCGCCAGUACAUACUGCCAGAGGAUUUGGCGCCAUUAGUGCAGGACGUCGUUGAUACUCAUCCCGGUUUGGCGUUCCUCAAAGAGGCCACCGAGUUUCAUUCCAGAUAUGUGCAUACAGUCAUUGCGAGAAUAUUCUACUCGGUAAAUAGAUGCUGGUCGGGCAGGAUCACCAUAUCGGAACUGAAGAAAUCCGACUUGUUGGAGGUCCUAACGUUGCUUGAAGAGGAGGAUGAUAUCAAUCAAAUUAUGGCCUUCUUUAGCUACGAACACUUCUACGUCAUCUACUGCAAAUUCUGGGAAUUGGACAAAGAUCACGAUUUACUAAUUAAUCAGGAUGAUUUAGCUCGGCACAGUGACCACGCUUUGUCCACACGAAUUGUUGAGCGAAUAUUUUCGGGGUGUGUGACGCGUAGCGACAACAAGAAACAACAGGAAGAUGAGCCAAAAAUGUCCUAUACCGAUUUUGUGUGGUUUCUGCUUUCCGAGGAAGAUAAGCGUACACCAACUGCAAUUGAGUAUUGGUUCCGUUGCAUGGAUAUCGAUGGUGAUGGUAUGUUGUCUAUGUAUGAAUUGGAGUAUUUCUAUGAGGAGCAACAGCAACGUAUGGAAUCGAUUGGUAUAGAGACGUUGCCAUUUGAGGACUGUUUGUGUCAGAUGCUCGAUAUGAUAAAACCUGCGCGUCGUGACUGCAUCACUCUGGGCGAUUUGAAGCGCUGCAAAAUGACUCAUGUCUUCUUCGACACAUUCUUCAAUUUGGAGAAAUAUUUGGAUCAUGAACAACGCGAUCCAUUUGCCUCGCAGCGGGAUGAAUAUUCCUCUGAUUGGGAUCGUUUUGCGGCGCAGGAGUACGAGCUGCUCAUCUCGGAGGAGAACGAAUAAACGCACUUUGGAUAAAGAGAAUUUGCGCAAAUCUUUUUUAUACAAACCCAAGAAACAAAAACAAAGUUUUUAACAAGGAAGCAGCGACUGCAGCGACUUUUUCUAGUACACUUAAAACAAACAAAAAAGAAAAACAAAAAAAAAAUGAAACAUAUUUACACAUAUUUUUAAUAUAGCUAUUUAUACACACAUUAGUGCCAGUAAAAAUGUUAAUUGCAAACAAAGCGAAAAUGCAACAAAAUCCUUUACAGACUAAAAGCAAACACAAGCACACUUACACGUACUUACAUGCACACAUACACGCCCACAUACGAUGAGCUGAAUUAUGGGAGCGAGCAGCAAUGGGGCGUGCCAGUGAAAAUCGAUAAAUCACUCGAACAGCUAUAGAUAACGCUUUGUGGUCGAAAAUCUAGUCAAAUACUCAUUAUCCACAUAUUGCAUACAGUGGCGAGCCGCCUGCCUGAUUAAAUUAAAAUGAAAUUAUUAAAGCAGCAGCAGCAGCAGCAACACACAAGCGACAAUUGGUGGUAACAACAUUGUGCAAUACAUCAGCGGCGAACGAACACAUCAACAAAGAAACAAUACAAACAAACAUUAUAUUAAUUAGUCCCAAUAUGUUUUCAUUGUUGACUUAAUUAAUUAAUUUUUUAUUUAAAUUUUUUUUCGUUUUCUUAUUUUUUAUAUUGAUUUAUUUGAAUUAUUUAUUAUAAUAUAUAUAUAUAUAUGUAUAUAUAUUAUAUAAAAUACGCUAUUAUUUUAAAAUAAAACUUGACACUACAUUUUAUU